AUGUCCCACUAUCCGCACUGGGCGAACAAUUUCGACGACAUUGCACGCAUCAGCCGGGCGCGCCAGCAGGAGCUCGAAGAUGCGCCGGUGCACGAAGCGGCUCCCGUUCCGUUGCAGAUGGCACUCACGGCUGGCGAGGCCUCUCCACCGGUCGCUAUGACUCCCGACCAGUUGUUGCAUCGGCGCUUGCCGAACCUCGUCUGGCAGUACCUGAGGUGCUGGCAGACGGUCGUGUGCAGGCUCGGGGAACCGGAGAAGCCUAAGGGACUGGUUACGAUGACCCGUAUGGCGCCAGGUGACGGCAUGACCGAACGGUCCGCGCACCUCUUCACCGUAUCGCCCAUGUUGACGAACAAGAUCUACCUUGUCGACAACGGUCCGCGCCAUCGCUUCAACCUCCCCAACGCCGGCCCGCUCAUCUGGAUCGCCAAGGAUCCUGCCAACGUCGGGACGCCGAGUCACGGAACCGCGGACGUCUCCGCCCCUUACCCCAGGCUCGACUUUCUUUUUGGGCACGACGCGCAGACGGGCCAACGGCGGGGAGUCCUUCACAAGCAGUAUGCGGAGUGGGCGAACGGACGGUAUGGCGCAGCGCCCGAGUAUACGCAACGCUGGACAAUCGAUUCGGACAGUCCGCACCUGACCGAGGCGCAACGAAACCCUCUCAAAGGACCAUUCCAGCGCGUCGCUUGGCGUAUGAUGGGUCCGUUCGAUGCGCACGGUGUCGAGCAGGACCCCUCAGUGCUCGUCGAGCACGGCGAAAUCUGGCACCCGACCAGUACUUUCCACCUCCUCAAGGUCUGGCACGCCUCAGCACCACUCCCCGUCCACUUUGGCAUCAAGGUCCUGGGACUUCAUGAGCCCGGAUCGAGGGCCGCAGGCGAGUCGGCCGCGGUGUUGAGGUAG